UUCAUACUGACGUUUGGUUUGGAGGAGGAGUUGAGUCCGUUAAAAGUCGUAUUAAAACGGCGUUGUGCAGUUUCGACUCGAUCCUUCCUGGAAUGAAGAACAUUUUAAAUUUACUUCUCACACGUGUAUGUGAUAUUUUGUUUGGUCGCCCGUCAGACGUUGAGAAUUUGGCGGAGAAAGUUCUAGUUUCACCUGUGGUGCAAGAGGAGCACGCGUCACAGUGCUGUUAAAGUCAAAAUGAGGUACCUGGUCUUGCUGGUUCUGUAUGCUCUGGUGACCCUGUGCUGCCAUACAAGUGCACUGUCCCAAACACCAUCUUACGGCGAACGGGGAUCAGAUCUUGGUAUUCAGGUGUUUCAGCAAGUCGUCCGCUCCAAGCCCCUGGAAAAUGUGGUCCUUUCACCCCAUGGAGUGGCCUCUGUCCUUGGCAUGCUGAUACCAGGAUGUCAUGGGGAAACCCGCAAGCAAGUCCUCAGUUCUCUCCGAUACAAGAAAAAUGGACCUUACAGAAUGUUAAAAAAGUUGCACAAGACCUUGACCGCUAAGUCCAACCAGGAUGUUGUUCUCAUUGCCAACGGCAUCUUCAGCCAAGAGGGCUUCCCCAUGCAGAAGAGCUUUGUCGACGCCAACAAGGCAAACUUCCAGGCUGAGAGCAGGAGCAUGGAUUUCAGUGACCCCCAACGGGCAGCAGAUAAGAUCAAUACCUGGGUCAGCAACAAAACCAGAGGUCACAUCACAAGCCUGAUCAAUGCAGAUAUGCUGGCUUCUGCCCUGGCCCGCUUGGUCAUUAUUAACUCAAUCUACUUCAAAGGCUUAUGGAAGUCCCGCUUCCAGCCUGAAAACACCAAGCUGAGGCCCUUCACUGGGGGCGAUGGCAAUGUAUUUAAAGUUCCUAUGAUGUCCCAGCUAUCAGUCUUCAACAUAGGCAUGGCCACCACUUCUCACGGGGUUAAAUAUAAGGUGAUUGAGCUGCCCUAUCAUGGUAACACAAUCAGCAUGCUGAUUGUUCUACCUACCGAAGAGGAUGCACCUCUGUCCCACGUCAUCCCACAUAUUAACACCGCCACAGUGCAGAGUUGGCGCAAACUGAUGCACAUGCGGAAAGUGCACCUACUCCUCCCCAGGUUUGCUGCUGAUGUUGAGGUAGAUUUAAAGGACCCCCUGUCAGCGCUGGGUAUCACAGAUAUGUUCAGUCAGGACAAAGCUGACUUUAAGCACCUGAGCUCAGAGCCUGUGUAUGUCUCCAAGGCCCUCCAGAAAGCCAAAAUUGUGGUAAAUGAAGAUGGAACAAAGGCAGCAGCUGCCACUGCUGCAAUUUUGAUGGCUCGUUCCUCUCCUCCUUGGGUUUCAGUGGACAGACCUUUCCUCUUCCUCAUUCGGCAUAACACAUCUGGUACACUCCUCUUUAUGGGCCAAAUCAACCAGCCCUGAAGCAGAUGUCCACUGUGCCCCCCCCCCCCAGUGGUAUCGUGGAUGCACAGGAAUUGCUUGUUUGCUUGCAUGAAACUGGUGUAGAUAUGUUUUAUUGCCUUUAUUUUAGUCAUAUUCAGAAAUGCAUAUGCCUUCAGUUUUGUCUGCUUUUUUCUUAUUUUUUUUACGAAUUGAAUUUGUUUUUAAUAGACUUUGAAUGUCAUUUUUGUAUUUUAUUAACUCUGUUUACUAAAUGUUUACUAAUCAUUUGUAUUGUUUUUUCCAUUUCAAUUAUCACUCCAGUUGUUCUUAAGUUAUGGCGCUGCAUGUCCAAUCUUGAGGUCUUGCACACAACUGUUUUAAUAAGAUUUUCCUUCAUGGAGGAAGGUUUCUUUUGUAAUUCUUGCAUCAUUUGAGAGCAAUAAAUACUCAUAAACUCA